AUGCUACGAUCAGCUCGUCUCGCCACUACCACCGUACGCAACUAUUCCACAACUGUACAAGCACCAAAGCAACCUGUCCAUUUAGGUGCUCUUGCCGAUAAUGCUGGAGCUGUUUCCCAGCGAAAGCGUGUGGGUCGUGGUCCUGGAUCUGGUUUAGGCAAAACUGCAGGUCGUGGCCACAAGGGUCAAAAGGCCCGUGCAGGCAACGGCAAGCCUACUCCUGGUUUUGAAGGUGGACAGACGCCCUUGUUCAAGCGUGUUCCUAAGCGAGGUUUUUACAACAUCCACGGCAAGGAAUAUCAAGAGCUCAACUUGGAUCGUCUUCAACAUUGGAUUCAAAGCGGCCGAAUUGAUGGCUCAAAGACUAUAACCAUGAAGGAUCUUUUGGACUCACGGUGCAUUCACAAGAUUGAGGAUGGCGUAAAGCUUUUGGGUGUGGGUGCUGAAUCGUUUAGUUUGCCUAUCAACAUUGAAGUCUCCAAAGCAUCCCAGGUCGCUGUUGCUGCUAUCGAAAAGGCUGGAGGCAAAGUAACCACCUGCAAUUACAACGCAUUGGCUCUGCGAGCACACACACGUCCUGAAAAAUACAUGUAG